AUGGCGACGGCUCGUCCCUUGGGUCCCGCCCCCCUUUCGGUGUCCACCACGACUCAGGCUUUCAAAUCCCUUCAUCUGUUCAUCUCCCUUGUUGAGUCUUCCAUUGCACGACUGGUAUCCUUUUCGGUUAGGGAAAAGAUGACGCCUCCGGGCGUCUUCGGCGUCAUCUCUUCUUCUCCAGCUGCCAUCCUCACCAAGUCACACCAAGUCCGAGGCUCCACUAUCGGCACCGGGCUGUUUCUAGGCACCUCCUCAGCUCUUGUCCAAGCCGGACCCCUUGGCUUACUCUUCUCCUUCUCACUCAUAAGCAUUGGGCUCUACUCAGUCACAAACUCACUCGCCGAACUAUUAGCCCACCUUCCCUCCUCGUCGUCGCCCUCCCCUCGACCGGCCUGGUUCUACACCUCUCACCUCGCCCAUCCCUCCCUGGGCUUUGCCGUGGCAUGGACAACGUGGCUCGUUCAUGCUGCCACCUUGGCCCUCGAACUCGUUGCCAUCGCCCCCCUUCUACAGCACUGGGAGCCAGUUCUCUGGCCCAACGGCUCCCUGGUGGCCGCCGCUGCCUUCUGGCUCUUCUCGACGACACUAAUCCUACUACCUAACUGCUGGUCCACCUUCGCCCUGAACCUCUCAGCGGCGCCUCUCAAACUAUUUGUUGCCCUCCUAUGGCUCUCCAUCGCCUUCUGCAUAUCCGCCGGCGUGGGUCAGGAAGCUGGUCCCGGCUUUCAGUACUGGUCUGAUCCGGGCGGUUUGGUUGAACACAUUGCCCCCAAAACCGUGGACCGAUCUGUAGGUGUGGGGUCCGUCCUUGCUAUCGCCGCCUUCAGCCUGCAGGGUGGAAUUAUGAGCCUCACCCUCGCUACUGUUUUCUCCAUCAGCCUGCUCGUCCCGUCCGAUGAUCCCGAUAUCGCCGCCUAUGCCUCUACCUUCGUCGUUGCCGUCCGCCGCACCGGUAUCCCCUUCCUGCCGGAGCUCGUCAAUGCACUCCUCGUCAUCUCCGUAAUGGCCAGUGCCAACGCCCACCUUGCGUCCGGCAGUCGCAUCCUCACCUCGCUGGCCGGCGAGGGCUACGCACUGCCACUCGGUUCUGGGCGGACCAACGGCGCCGACGGCGCGCAACGUUUUUCUGCGGCAGCGACUUCGGCCGUUGGUUUCUUCGUUCUCGUGACUACGCUGGUCUGUAAUGCAGGCGUCGUGCUCAGCUCGUUGUUGCUUGGCGCCGGCGGCAGCGUUGCUAUUCGAUCAAUCAAAUCAGAUUAG